UCGCCAUAUAGCCAUAAUAUCGUAUGACUUAGCUGCUUAUAUAGUAUAAGAGCAGUCGUAGUUAAAGUCGAUGUAAAAUCAAUAUUAAUGAGCGCAUUAAACGUUGUCUAAGGCUGCGUCUAAUGACUUAACGGCCGCUAGUUGCCAGCAAAACGGAAAUUGAAUUGUCCCAGCAGCAGCAGCAGGAGCAGCGGAAAUCGCAUUAGCAGCAGGAUACACUCAACUGAUUCGCAUCUAAGCUGAAACGGAAGUCGUAGCGUUAUGCUGCGCGCCUAACUCGAGCCAAAUUCCAUGGGCUGCUCGAAUACCAAGUCGACAACAGCAGAAGACAGCAAAGCGCCAACAGCAGCAGCAGCAGCAACAACAGCAGCAACACCCAAGUGCAAUAAAAUGGAGGAGACAGCCAAGCAGGAAUAUCCCGCCUCGGAGGCGUUUGUCAUACCGCUGGACGAGCAGUCCGCUGCGCCCUUGCAGCUCAACGAUACGCUACGUGAGCCGCCCAAGCGUUUGCAGCAGCUGAUGCAACAAGCGGCAGAGACAGAGCCGCUCACACUGGAGGAGGUCGAGGAUAAGCUGCAACGUGCCGAGCAGCGCAGACAGGAGCUCAUGCAACAAAAGAUUGAGAACAUACAGAAGACCGCACAAAUGUUAAUGCAGCCACAAGGCGAGCAGCAGGAGCAGGACGAGCAGCAGACAUAAAGACUUGAGCAGCACUCAACUUGCAACUUUAACUUUGCACGAGCAGCACUUGAAACUAUCAUUGAAAUUACACUUGGCGGGCCUCAAGACGCCUCGUUAUGGCUACAAAAACUUUUGCUUUGCAGGCAGCGCACACUACAAGCAGAAGAAGAAGAAGAGUUGCAGUUGCAAUAUAUUAAACAGACGCAGCUGAGUUGCUAAAUUAUA